UCUUUCUCCAAAAAAUUGGUACAAACGUACCCCCCCCCCCCCCUGCUUUCCACCAUUAAAGAUUCUUGUUUCUUGAACCCUUUUAAACAAAAAGAGAUGGGUUAGCCUGCAAAAUUCAAUCUGAUGCCAAUUUCGUAGAAAAAGAUUGAAUCUUGAUCCAGUUUCAUUCAAUUUUAUUAAACUUUUGGUGUUUUUUGAUACUGAAAACGCUGGAACAGGGGGAGGUUGUUGAUCCUCACAAGGGUCUGAUUCUGGAUCCUCAAACAACUCAUCAUAAUCAUCAUCUAUAUCUUUAUAAACAACUGUUGUAUCCAGAUGAAGACCAAGAAGAAGAAAAGUUUAAAGCUUUUCAAACAAAACAAUUAACUCUUCAUGAAUUCCAUCAAAAUCAAGAAACCCCACCUCCCUACCACCCUUAUUUAGCUUCUCCGGCAGCUCAACCACCACAGCAACCCAAAAAACGCCCUUUUUUACCCUCCACCGGACAAGAAUAUGCACCAGAAAAAAUGUCACAAAUUCAUCACCAACAACAACCAAGUGGGUCAUCAAGAUUUGGAAUAAAAACCUCCGGCAACAGUGGUGGUGAGAUUGUGGAAGUUCAAGGGGGCCACAUUGUACGGUCAACUGGUAAAAAAGACCGGCACAGCAAAGUAUGCACCUCAAAAGGACCAAGAGACCGGCGUGUGCGGUUAUCUGCUCACACUGCUAUUCAAUUUUAUGAUGUGCAAGACCGGCUGGGCUUUGACCGGCCAAGCAAAGCCGUUGACUGGCUUAUUAAAAAGGCUAAAACCGCCAUUGAUAAACUUGCUGAGCUGCCGGCGUGGAAACCCACCAAUGUAGCAAGAACAAGAAACCCUAGGUCAGUUUCAGGUUCAAGAUUUGAUCAAAAGAUUCAAAACCCAGAUGAAUUUGGUCAUUUUGAGCAAUACCCAGAUGGUAGAAUUGGUUAUAAUCAAAUGGGUUGUGAUCAAAAUUCAAGCUUUUUGCCUGGAAGUCAAGAUCUGAGGCUUUCUCUUCAAUCGUUUAAAGAUCCGGUUUUCGAGAAUCAAGAGAGUCAUUGUGGUAAUAAUAAUGUUUAUUUUGAUGGGUCGGGUUGGCCCGAGAACCCGGCAGGUGGGUUUCAAAGAAUGCUGUCUAUGGGUGGAGAUGCAGGUGGGUUUGUGUUUAGUUCACAGGCUCAGUCUAAUACGACGCCGUUUCUGCAACCGUUAUUAGGCCAAACAAUAACCAAUGAAUUGUUGUUAAACAGUUCUCGGAGGGAACCCCUUCAGUCCAGUACCACACCUUCGUUUCGUGCUUGGGUCGACCCGUUGCCAGCGUUCGGGUUUGAUCAGCACCCCACGCUGGCUUUCCACCACCCAAAUGCCGGUUUUGGUGGCUUCUCUGGGUUCGGUAUUCCAGCACGAAUUCAAGGUGAACAAGAGGAACGCGAUGGCCUAUCCGAGAGGCCGUCGUCCGCGUCCUCGGAUUCGCGACAUUGAUUCAUGGUAAUCCUAUCUCAAACAGGAAAAACUAUCUACAUUGUUGUAACUUGCAAAGCAGGAGAUGAGGAUUGAAGAUUGAAUGGAAAAGUGUAUCCAUUAAGGUUUUCAAGAUUUGGUUUUCAUGUUUGAAUUGAGCUUUUUGUUUAGCUCUAAACACUGUUUUAUAUUAUUUUGGUUUCAUGUCUUUAGGCCAUGUAUGUGUGACUGUGUCAAUUGCCUUAUUAUGCUUUAUUAUAAUCAAAAUACUCCUCUAAACAGAGGAAGUAGUUUGUUACCCAA